AUGCUGGCUUCUCCAUACGAGGCCAUUUGGACUACCUCCGGACGGACCCUGCCCCGGACUAAUGCGACUGACGUCUCAUGGCUAUGGAAGGUGGUAACAGCCUGCUUUGCAGCUUUACAGCUAGUCGGGUAUAUGAUGCUGGCUGUGGUAGUCGGCUCCCCUCCCCAUGAGUUACGAAUCAAUGCUACAGUAUCUACUGUUACUGCAUUUGUGUUUGUUGGUGCGUCUUACGGUGUAUCAGCCCUGAUUGCCUUCGCCCAGCGCCACCGAAAGCCGUUCCUCCUCCGCUCAAUCUUUAUCCCAUACUCGACGAUGAAUCUGCUCGCCCUCCUAAAUAUCCUAUUUCAUAUCCACGGACGAAGCCUGCAGAUGAACACCUUGCAGAUAAUAAAUAUCUGCUUACCGACUGCUUUCUCGGUGUGUUACGCCCUCGCGGGGAUCUUGAUAUAUCGAGAGUAUGAACGUCACCGAGUGGAGGAAGGCACGCCACUGCUCACCGACGAGGAGAUGCAGCGUCGCUACGCACCAUCGCCCGACCUUGUGCGAAACACUUAUCGCUUUGAUUUACCUGGGGAUGAGACAGCGCAGAAGGACUCGAGUCAUUUGACUCCUUGA